AUGGCUGCCACUGCCAGCCCGGACGUGGCCAAGCCGCGUCGGUUUGUGGGGCUGCCAAUCGCUUGGGUCGUCCUGACCCUGCUCGUGGUGCAGAACUCGGCGACUGCUCUGAUGGUCGCCUCCAGCCGCAGACCAGCCGCAGACGGCGCACCGCUCUACCUCGGGUCCGCGGCCGUUUUCCUCUCGGAGUGCCUUAAGCUCCCGCUGUGCCUCGCCCUCAUCGCGAGAGAGGAGGGCGGUGUGCGGCCGAUGCUGGCGGCGGUGCGGCGCUGCUUGCUUCGGGUCGGCGAUACGGCAAAGAUGGCCGUGCCUGCGCUCUGCUACCUGCUUCAGAAUCGGCUGCUGUUUGUCUCUCUCUCCCGCCUCUCGGCCGACGAGCCACCAGCUCGGUCGCCUCUCGAGGAUGGCCCGCUGUGGUCGCAGUCCAAGACGCUCUUCACCGCGCUCUUCUUCGUGCGGCUGCUCGGCCAGCGGCUCGAGCCUGCGCAGUGGCUCGCGCUCCUCCUCCUCUCGCUCGGCGUGUGCACCGUCCAGCUCGGCGAAGCCGCGGGCAGCGCGCCUCCCGCGGGCGGGUGCGGCCGGGAGAGCAGCCCGUCCCGAUCAUUUCUCACCCUCACCCUCAUUCUCAUUCUCAUCCCAACCUGCUGCCUCCACCGUGACCAUAACCCUAACCUCGAGCUGCAGUUGGCCAUCCCCGUGCCCAUCCCCCAGGUGCUCAAGGAGGCGGCGCCGCCGCCGGGCGCCUCGACCUCCGCGCCUCCGCCGCCGCCGCCGCCCUCGCUCUGGAUGCGCAACGUGCAGCUGGGCCUCUUUUCGAUCCCGCAGGCGGCGCUGCUGCUCCUCGCCGACCGCUCUGCCAUCGUCGCUCGAGGCCCUCUGCAGGGCUUCUCGCCCCUCGUCUGGGCCGUCGUCGCCAGCACCGCCUUCGGCGGGCUGCUCGUCGCCGCGGUGGUGAAGCACGCCGACAACAUCGUCAAGAUGUACGCGGCGGCCUGCGCCAUCGUGCUCACGUGCGCCGUCACGUCCAUCGUGACGGCCUCGCCGCCGUCGGCCCUGUUUCUCUCGGGCAUGGCCCUCGUCCUCGGCUCGCUGCUGCUCUACAACCAGCCCGUCGCCACCGCACGCACCGCCGCCGCCGCCGCCGCCGCCGCCGCCGCCACGGCCCCGAGCACAAGAACCGAGCCGGAGUCCGACGAGCUUGACGCCGUCGCGAACGAUCCCACGUCCGACGAGCUCGCGUGCUCGGUCGUGUCCACGUCGUGUCUCUAA